AUGGAUUUUCCCCUUGGUAGUAGUCGCGAUGCCAUCUUCAUUGUCGGUGUCGCUACCACAGGCUGUGUAGCUGCUCAGAGAGUAAACAAGGUGGGUCUCUUUUGUGAGCUGUGUAUCAACGACAUCACGGCGCCAGAGCAGCGAAAGCAGCGGCAAUGGCCAGACGAAGCACACCUGAAGCGCCACCAGGAAACAAAGUUUCAUGUCGGCUACGAAGCUUGGUGCAGACGCGUCAAGUUUAUCAAGAAGACACACAAGAGCACGGGAUAUGAAUGCGAACUUUAUGCGAGUUCUGCGCCCCCCAAGGCCCCCGUCCAUCUCUUCGCCACAGUCGACGAGCUCGAGCGUCACAUCUCCGGAUCAGAUUCUGGUGGUAUCACGGGCAUUCGGGCGGCUUGGGUGACGGAGCCUGCGAUUAUCGAGCAGCACGAUGCCUUGAAGCAAGCUCUGGGAUGGGAUCGACCGGAGUUCCGAUCCUCCGCUGCCGGUGAGCAGCGGAACCAGGCUGAUCGUAGCAAGAAACGAAAGAGCCGCGGGUGGCAGUCUGAGAAUCUCCGGGAGCUCGACGAUGGACUUGAUGUCCCAGGAAAUCCGGCCAUCAUCUUGGGCGGACCGCGCAGGCCAAGCUUUCCAGCCAUCAACGACAGAAAGGGCAGUGUACUUUUGUACCCAGCUCAAGAGAUACUACCAGAACGUUUAGCGGAUUUGCUCUCGAUUGCAUUCACCGUCCCGGAUGAGCAUGUGGGUGUGCCGGAUGCUGAGUCAACUGUGCACGCACACCUUGCCAACCACCGCUCGAGUAUGGUUACUAUUCUGCCGCCCCCAGGCACGAACGACAACACGCCUAGCCACCAUCUUGACAUCAUAAGCCUUGUCAACAACAAGGCCGGCACGUCCAAGCCCUGA